UUUAAUGUGAACUUCCCUCCUUGUUCCGUUAGUGUUUUCCUGGUGGAUCAUGCCUGGACCUACCGUGUGGACCACGCCAGGCUGCAGCUGGAGGAGAUCCCUGGACUGCUGCCCAGGAUGGCCUCCCUCAUGGGGGUGGACUUCCACGGUGAGGCUCCCGACCCGGACACAGUAGAGCUGGUGAUGGAGCGCAUGUGGAAGUACAACCAGACUUAUCACCUCUCUCAGGGGUCAGCGGAGGAGAAGGUUCCAGUGUGGUACGUCAUGGAUGAGUUUGGCUCUCAGGUGCAACACUCGGACCAGCCCAGCUGCUGCAUGGCUCCCUUCUUCUACGUUCAGGGCCAGCUGCCCUACACUGUGCUGUGGCCCCUGCAGGACCUGCAGGAAGGAGAUGAGGUGACCCGUGAUUAUACAUACGGAGAGACAAACCCACUGGUGAGACGAUGCCGUCUGUUACCAUGGAUACCUGCUGAUCUAGAAGAUGUCAGCAGCAGCACUGCCGAGCCUCCGGACUCAUACUACGAGAACAUCGCACGGGAAAACAAGGAGCAGCUUCCUGUGGAAGUCCAACACUUCACUGUUCCCAAGGAUAAAAUCCUCAAGGUUUAUUCCGAAAUGUCUCAAGUAACAAACAACCUGACGCACCCUCGCUUCCAGCUGACCGAGGAUGAGGAGGAGGCUGACAUCAUCUGGAGCUAUAAUCACAUCAAAGACUACCGGAAACUGAGUGAGGAGCGACCUCAUGUCAUGCUGAACCAGUUUCCCUGUGAGAGCAUUAUCACAGUGAAGGACUGUCUGGCUGCCGUGGCUCGCAGGGUGAAAGGUGGCCCAGCACCGGACUGGCUCCCAGAGACCUUCAACCUGCAGACAGAGCUGCCGCAGUUCAUCAAGAAUUAUCAGCUGAGACAGCAGAGGGAAGAAGACAACCACUGGAUCUGUAAACCCUGGAACCUGGCUCGUGGACUGGACACACACAUCACCAACAGUCUGGACUACAUAAUCAGACAGAGGGAGAGUACGCCAAAGGUGGUGUGUAAGUAUCUUGAAGAUCCGGUUCUGUUUAGCAGAGAGGAAGUGGGACUGGUGAAGUUUGACAUUCGCUACAUGCUGAUGCUGCGUUCUGUCCAGCCUCUGCGUCUCUAUGCCUACAAUGUCUUCUGGUUGCGCUUUGCAAAUAGACCUUUCUCCUUGGACCAUUUGGAUGAUUACCAAAAGCACUUCACUGUCAUGAACUAUGCAGAGGGGGUGGAGCUUAAGCAGGUGCACUACGAUGAGUUCAUCCCUAUGUUUGAGGAGCAGUACCCGCAGUACCCAUGGAAAGAAGUGGAAGCAGACUUGUUUAAAGCUUUCAAGGAGCUCUUCCAAGCAGCCUCGUCUCGACCGGCUCCCUGUGGGAUUUGUCCCUACCCAGCGUCCCGGGCGAUCUACGCUGUGGACCUCAUGCUGAAGUGGAGUGCAGGACCAAAUGGUGAGCGGGUCAUGCAGCCUCAGAUCCUGGAGUUGAACUUCAGCCCGGACUGCGCCCGGGCCUGCCUCUACCACCCCUCCUUCUACAACCACAUGUUUCAGACGCUGUUCCUGGAUCAGCCCGAGGACUGUCCAGUCACACAGAUCGUAUGAUGAACCCAGCAGCACUUUUAUAUCGAGAGACGUUCAGCUGCCUUUUUGGUCAGUACUUGACUAGUUUUUCUGUUUCUUCGUGUCAUUUUGCCGUCUACUUUACGCUGUAGGAGGAUUAUGACUUUUCUCAUCAUUCCGCUUGUUCUCAGAAUUGCAAGUGAUUCAGACAAAACACUUCUGUACAAAAGAGCAACAAUAAAAACACUGUGGGACAAACAA